AUGGAGUACAUAACAGAACCCGCCAACCAGAACCCGGGGCAUAUCUUAUGCUGCAAUUGUGGUGUCCCAAUUAGUCCAAAUCCUGCCAAUAUAUGUGUGGCCUGUUUGCGAAGUAAAGUAGACAUCAGCCAAGGCAUCCCAAAGCAGAUUUUUAUUUCUUUCUGCAAACAAUGUGAAAGGUAUUUUCAGCCACCAGCAACUUGGAUACAGUGUGCUGUAGAAUCCAGGGAACUUCUUGCUUUGUGUUUGAAAAAACUGAAAACACCUUUGAGUAAGGUACGGCUUGUCGAUGCAAGUUUUGUUUGGACUGAACCCCAUUCUAAGAGACUUAAAGUUAAACUCACUAUUCAGAAAGAGGUGAUGAAUGGUGCUAUCCUCCAGCAAGUGUUUGUGGUGGAUUAUGUUGUCCAAUCUCAAAUGUGUGGAGAUUGUCAUAGAGUAGAAGCUAAGGAUUUCUGGAAGGCUAUUGUUCAAGUGAGGCAAAAGACCUUGCAUAAAAAAACUUUCUACUACCUGGAACAGUUGAUUUUGAAAUAUGGAGUACAUCAGAACACACUUCGUAUCAAAGAGAUUCAUGAUGGACUGGAUUUUUAUUAUUCUUCAAAACAGCAUGCUCAGAAGAUGGUAGAAUUUCUUCAGUGUACAGUUCCCUGCAGAUGCAAAGCAUCCCAGAGAUUGAUCUCUCAGGAUAUUCAUAGUAACACUUACAAUUACAAAAGCACUUUUUCUGUGGAGAUUGUUCCAAUAUGCAAGGAUAAUGUUGUCUGUCUGUCUCCAAAACUGGCACAAGGCCUGGGAAAUAUGAACCAAAUUUGUGUGUGUAUUCGAGUAACCAGUGCCAUUCACCUCUUAGAUCCCAACACUCUCCAAGUUGCAGAUAUUGAUGGGAACACUUUCUGGAGUCACCCUUUCAAUAGUUUGUGCAGUCCCAAACAACUUGAAGAGUUUAUUGUGAUGGAAUGUAGCAUAGUUGGAAAUCUAAAACGCAGUGCAGGUUCUGGAACAAUAUCAAAAAAACAUACACUUGGGGAAGUCUGGGUACAGAAGACAUCUGAGAUGAAUACAGAUAAGCAGUAUUUUUGUCGUACACAUUUGGGACAUCUUCUAAAUCCUGGAGACCUGGUGUUAGGGUUUGAUUUGGCCAACUGUAACUUGAAUGAUGAGCAUGUCAACAAAAUGAACCCUGAUAGAGUCCCAGAUGUGGUAUUAAUCAAGAAGAGUUAUGACCGCACCAAACGUCAGCGUCGUAGAAACUGGAAACUGAAAGAGCUUGCCAGAGAUAGGGAAAACACGGAUAUAGAUGAUGAAAGACAAUACCAAGAUUUCCUUGAAGAUCUGGAAGAAGAUGAGACAAUUAGGAAAAAUGUCAACAUUUACCGAGAUUCCACCAUCCCUGUAGAAAGUGAUACAGAUGAUGAAGGAGCACCUCGAAUUAGUCUUGCAGAGAUGCUUGAAGACCUUCAUCUUUCCCAGGAUGCAACUGGUGAAGAAGGUGCAUCAAUGAUGACCUCAUGA